AGGUGUCGUGUGGGCCACCGACACUGGCGCAGACGGAGUCACGUGGUCUGUUUAAAUCUCCCAGCUGUCGUGCACGGGAGAGAAUUCUAUGGUUGAGGCUCGGUAAGAUCUGACUUGCGUCUGAGCUAAAGAUGGCGGACGGAGAGAAUACGCUCCUGGAUCCCAGUGCCAGGGUAUCUGGUACGGGAGAGCCCCUGUCCAAAAAGCCCAAGCUAGGCGUGACGUUGGGAUGCGGGGUCAAAACCUGUCGGACAGAGCAGGGAACGGGAGAGGCUCGGGCGGCGGAGGUAGCUGAGCAGGCGGAAGGGGAGAAGAAGGUUGAGGCGGUGGCGGUGGGGCAGGCCAUGGCUCCAUCAGGCGGAGACAAUGAGCUGUUGGUUUCGGAGCUCGGCGGAGAGCCGCUGAAUCAGGAAGAGAAGGCGCCGACGGACGGACCCACCGCUGAGCUACCAGAUUUAACUCCCAAUGGAUGUCAUCCUCACGACUGUGGCGAUGAUGAGGACGAUGACGAGGGUGAGGAUGAUAACGACGACCGAUCUUCACGAGCAAGUUCAAGCGAUUGGACACCACAACCGCAAAUAGGCUCUUAUAGUUUUAUUCAGCAACACAUCAUGAGAGAAACGGACCCCCGGACAAUUUUGAAAGACCUCCUUCCAGAAACCGUUCUUCCGCCCGACCUCGAUGACAUGACCCUCUGGCAGAUAAUCAUCAACAUCUCAGAACCUCCCAAAAGAAAGAAGCGCAAAGAUCUGAACACCUUGGAAGAUGUGGUCAGGCUACUGCAUGAGUCCAAGAGGAUUUUGGUUCUCACAGGUGCUGGGGUGUCCGUGUCGUGUGGAAUACCUGACUUUCGAUCCAGAGAUGGCAUUUAUGCCAGGCUUGCUAAAGACUUCCCUGAUCUUCCAGACCCUCAAGCAAUGUUUGACAUAGAAUACUUCAGAAGAGACCCAAGGCCUUUUUUUAAAUUUGCAAAGGAGAUCUACCCGGGGCAGUUCCAGCCAUCACCGUGCCACAAAUUCAUCUCAAUGCUGGAUAAGGAAGAGAAGCUCCUGAGGAACUACACGCAGAACAUCGACACGCUGGAGCAGGUGGCCGGCGUGCGGAGGAUCAUCCAGUGUCACGGCUCCUUUGCCACAGCUUCCUGCCUCAUCUGCAAGUACAAAGUAGACUGUGAAGCAAUUAGAGCAGACAUCUUUAAUCAGGUUGUUCCACACUGUCCAAGGUGUCCUGACUUCCCCUUGGCAAUCAUGAAGCCUGAUAUAGUCUUUUUCGGAGAGAACCUGCCAGAACAGUUUCACAGGGCAAUGAAACGGGACAAAGACGAAGUUGACCUUCUCAUUGUCAUUGGGUCUUCUCUUAAGGUGCGACCGGUGGCACUUAUCCCAAGCUCAAUUCCACACGAAGUGCCUCAGAUUUUGAUCAACAGAGAGCAGCUUUCACACCUGAACUUUGACGUGGAGCUACUGGGGGACUGCGACGUCAUCAUAAAUGAACUGUGCCACAGGUUGGGCGGAGACUACAAGCAGCUGUGCUUCAACCCUUUAAGACUGAGCGAAAUCACGGAGAAACCGCCGCGGCCUCAGAGAGACCCCGCGGCGGAUCCCGUUUGCGACGGCACGCCAAACUCCCCGCAGCUCAGCGAGAACGAAUCGGGGCGGUUGAAACCGACCUCAGCUGAGCCCGCGGAGGACGCAGAGGGGCAGUUGCCCCCCAAGGUUACCCCCCCUGCAGAGGAUGUUACAGACAGUCACCCCAACACUAGGACGCAGUCCCCCGAUCACGAGGACUGCGAAAGUCUGGAGCUACCACUCGGAGACGUCCACGACGACGAGGCCUUGAAGUUCAAGGACAGAAACCCUAAAACCGAGGGGUACAGAAGAUGCUGGCUGAACAGAGUUGGCAGGAGUCCAAUCAGUAAGCGCCUUGAAUCCUGUCAGUACCUGUUUCAAGCCCCAAACCACUACAUCUUCCACGGGGCGGAGGUGUACUCGAACUCGGAGGACGAGACGUCCAGCUCGUGCGGCAGCGAGAGCGAGGGGUCCUUCUGCAGCCGCAGCGGUCUGGGGGAGGACGACAGCGAGACGGAAGAGCUGUACCCCGGGCCCACCGCCGACGAAGAGCAGGACCCCAGAGAGGAGGGUCUGAGAGACACGCCGCCCCUAAAGCUAGCCAGCGAGGACCUGCCCUUCACAGAGCACACAGACGGCACGGCCCCGGACGAUCCCGACGCGCCGCAGAUAUGAGAACAGACUCGUCGGCCGCCACCGUUUUAGCCACAACACGCGACUACAGGCAUAAAAAAAAAAAACUAAAGGCAUGGUUUAUAUACAUUGGCAGCGGAGAAGAAUUGCUCUCGGAAUACAUACGCGCACGCCUUCCCGCUGACGCGGCGUUUUCUGUCCCCCGGGUCGCAUGGUUGAUUUGAGGCGUUUCCUGGAGGUGCGGGGUGCCGAUGGUCGCUCGUCGCCGAACCGGCCGCGGAAGCAUCCGGAACAUGUGUGAUGGCCUGUCGCAGUCCGCAGUCUCCUGACCCAAAAGGAUCUUUUGAGCAAAGUCAAACGAACGCAGACGGCUGCAGGUUAUCGAGAGCUGUGGACUGCUGUAGAAACCUUGUGUCCUGGUACUGUUGGAAUAGGCUCCAGAACUUUCUCAACGGAUAAGGUGGUGUGAAACUGUCAUUAAAGCUAAAGGAGAUCUAAAUUAAUGGUUUGUGGUAUGUAUUUAUCAUAUGUUUUUUUUUUUUUUUUGUAUGAUCAAGCAAUUCUUUCAUGGGAGUAAUUCUUCUUGACUACUGGAGUAUAUGUAUGUAUAUGCAUGUACAGUACACACACGUUUACAUAGUGUAGUAGUUACAUUUAUUUCUCGCAUACCUCCAUGGUAUGGUACAAAUAAAGAGGUGUGUUCAUCCAAAUUAUUGGAUGUUGCGUGAAUAAACAUUGCAUUUUAGUAUGAUUUACCUCUUAAUAUUUGGUUGUUCAGUUUCUAAAUUAAAACACUGCCAUUCUGUUAGUUGUAGGAUAACAAAGGGAAUAGCAAUUUUAGACCAAAGAACAUUUAUUUUCCUGCAUACAUAAAAAAGGACUUUGUUCUUAAUCUUCGCAUACUAAACCUCUCUUCUCAUCUGUACUACAAUGUAAAGAAAACACUGGCUUUUUUUUUCUUUUCUUUUUUUAAGGAUUAUUGGCAGCUACUUUCUUAAGGUAGAGCUAGUGUCAUUAUUUUUGUAUUUUCUAAUGCAUUUCUUCAUGCAUACUCAGCAAGAGUAGGUUAUGGUUUUCCAAAAAAAUUACAAAAAACAAAAACUAGCGGAGUGUGAACAUAUUUCAAGCCCUGUGUUUGUAUUGGAUAAGCCGUCAGUGGCGCAAAAGCACUUUUUCACAAAAAACUGCCAUUUUAGGCAAAAUCCAUGAAAAGCAAUUUGGUAUCAUUCGUUUUUUACAUGCCUCAGACGAGAGGUAAAUCCAAAAUCUAGGAAGCAGUAAUUUUCUGCUAUUUUAAACUUUGUUUCACUUCUUCACUACUGCUGUUGUACAGGUAUACAAAUCUUUACAAAUUUAUCCCAAAUGCCACUGAAAAUUUGGUAGCCUUAGGAAUCAUUGUCAUAUAAAAAAAUGUAUUAUACACUGUCAAUAUCAACCUUCAGCAUUAGGACGCAUCACAUCAUGGAUAAAUCUCAUUGAACAAAUACAAAUGCUUUAGGAAAGUGUCUGGAAUAGGCAGUGUUGAGGCAGAACAAAAAGAAAAGAUCUGGAUUUGUAGAAAAGCAUUCAUCUCUAAACCUUACACCUGAAAAAUUACUUUGAAUAGUUUUUCUAAACAAUAGUUAAUUCUACCAAAGAAAUUAGGUCAGACUUUCUUACUUUUAUUAUUUUCUAACGGAUCAAAGAUGGGUUCAUGGUGGUGACGGGAUGGUAGAGCUUCAGAAAAUGCUAAAUGAGAGGAGUGGUCAUGAACUCACUGAUGCGGACCAAUUUGUAUUUUUACUGUAAUAAGCUAUUUUUAUUUUAUUUUCCCCAAAACCAUUAACGGCACACUGUAGGUUUACCCAUUACAAGCUUCAUAACAAGGGUAUUCCUGGAAUCUCUGUAAAACUCUGCUCUUGGUACAAAACUAGUUUCCACUGCAAUAAGCAUAACAAUGUUUUGGAAUCGAUGGGAGAAUUCCGGUGGAACUGAAAUUUACACACUAGUUAUAAGGCUAUUAAUAAUACGGUCCCCAUUGAGUUCAAGUUUUGUUCUAAAAGAAUAGUUUAUUUGCUUGUGUUGAAAAAGUUGAGCUAUUCUAUUUCUCAAAAUGAUUGUUGAAAUAUGUCUGCCCUGUUUCCUGCAUCAUAAUAGGUAAUUUCUACACCUGUGUGAUGUUACAUAGUUUGGUGCCCAUUUUUGAAGAACUGUUGCAAAUUUUGUUUGUACUGUACAUUGCCAGUAUUUGCUUUGUUUGUAUUUCUGUGCUCAUUAGUUUCUUUUUCUGUAGUGGUUUGGAGCUCAUUGUAAAGCAUCUGCUUAGUUAUUUAUACUGGACAGAAACUCAAAAACUAUUUCUACAUUUAAAAAAUGCCUUCAUCCCCAGUAGCCUCGACCACCCAUCCAUAUUCUGAUAUUUCUCCACUCCAAUAUCAAGAUUGCAAAAUGAAUGUACCUUAAUGUGGGUUAUGAAAAUGGAUGUGGUAGUCAAUAAAUUGAAGUACACAGUACGUGGAACAGUGCCAAUAAAAUCGCAUGAAUACAGCACCAGAAAUUAAUGGAUAAUCUCCAUAGCAUUUGCCAAUUAAACCAAUUAAAAUAAAUAUAGCAAAAAUGUAAUACCUAGAAGGAUUUUAGUGUGGUCUUUGAGAAAUCACAAUGCAAAAUAAAAUACAUUAUUAUAUAACUUAAGUUAUGAGCCCUUUUUGGUUUACAGUUUUUAACCAAGAAAACAUACUAAAUAAUAUUGUGGGAGGAACUGGAGAGCGAAACGGUGUGCAGCAGUGCAGAACAGAUUGGGAAGAUUUUCCACCCCUCUGAUUUUCUUUUCCAUGCACAUCCAAAUUCCAGAUACUGUGGGAAUGUGAUUUUAACUCUGAUAAAGGACAAAAUGAAUAAAAAUAAAUGAUUGACAAGUCUUAAUUCACCAUUAGUAAUGGCAAACAAAAUGUUGGCUAUGCUUUAGUGUUCAGUCUGACCUGUGUGUUGCAUUAGAUGGGAGACUCAUCAGAAAUGUGUUAAUGAUGCAUUUAAUGCAGGAAAUACAAUGCCUAAACAAUUAACAGAAAUGUCUAGCUUCCUUAAACUGUACAUGAAUGAAUAAAUUCUUUUUUUUCCUUUUUUUUGCCAUUAGCUAUUAAUUUCAUUUUAGUCCUUUAUGAUGAUCAUUUUCCAAAGGUGGCCUAUUGCAUUUUGAAUUUGUAUGUUUUUGUCAUGUUCCUUUCAUUUUUGCUGUAUUAAGAUUAGGUCUUCUUUACAUUAAUAGUAGCAUGAUGCUACAGGGAUGCAUCAUUUGCAGUUGGUGGAAUCAGCUGGAAUUAUAUGAUGCUCCUUUGUAUUGUGUGCAUGUCUUCAGAUAAAAGAUUGUAUAUCUGUAAUCAUUAGCUGAUAGCAUAACAUCUUUUCUGCAAAAAAAUGGACACCAUGGCAAUGUUUUCUAGUUUUAUAUGUAGAUUUUUCAAUUGUGACAUGGAUGUUUUUUUCCACGAAACGAGACAGUUGUGUGUCCAGCAUUACUCUUACCUAAUCCUUUCCCAUUGUUAUUUGUACUUUGGUCUUGAACUUCAGAAAUAUUGAUUUUCUAUCUUGAGGACACUUUGCUUUACACUCUUGAACGAUACAGUUAAUGUAUGUGUACCUGUAUAAACGGAGGGGGAAAAAAUGCAUAAAAACAAUGCAAUAAAGUGUCCUGCAUUCCUUCAA